AUGAGGGGGAUCUUGGCACUCUGUUUAACUGUAACGGCUGUCUCGGCGGCUGAAAUUGGAAGGUUCAACCCUUUCCAAUUUACUACAACAACACCUCGGUAUCUAGCAACUAGAUAUGACACCGCUGGGCGUUACAAUCCUGGCCGUUAUGAUCCGGGCAAAUAUGAUCCCGGAAAAUACGAUCCCGGUAAAUAUCAGGCCGGUCGUUACAGUUCAGGGCGGUAUGAUAGCACAGGACGCUACAUUCCCGACAACUCUGGAGCUUACAACGGUGAUCGUGGCGAUCGAGGAGGUGCUGGAGGCUUCUACAGUGGUUCAGGAUCUGCAGGAGGACCAGGCGGACCAGGAGGGCCAGGUAGUUCUUACUCUGGCUCGGGCACAGUCGGGGGUCCGGGAGGACUUUACACCGGCGAUUCCAACAAGUACACUGGUAGUCCGAGCGGUGGCAGCUCUUUAGGAGAGUCCACGAGUAGCAGUGCUACUACAUUAGGAUUGAGUGAAGCUUCCGCCAGUGCAGGCUACCAAGAAUCCAGCUCGACACCUAGUGAUGUUCCCAGCCCAACGCCCAUCGAAGCGAUUUCAACUCCGAGUCCUACGAAUGCUCCGUCACCCAGUCCACUGCCAAGUGUCUCCCCAACGUCAUUCACAUAUAAGCCCACACAAAAACCGGCAACUACGCAGCUCCCACUAGUUGCAGUGAUCGGAAAGUACGAUGGUGGUAAUUACGAGUACAAAUACGGAAUUAUACGCCUCGAAAACGACUACCUGCCGCCCGAUGGUUAUCACUAUCUAUACGAGACCGAGAACAAAAUUUUAGCCGAAGAAGCCGGUAAGGUCGAAUUAAUAGACAACGAGAACUACGGUACCAGAGCUAAAGGUUUCUACGAAUUUGUGGCCCCCGACGGCGUUACUUACAGAGUGGAUUACACCGCCGACGAACGAGGCUUUCUUCCAACUGGAUCCCAUCUACCU